AUGACUGGAGUUUUUGACAGCCUCAGUACAGAUAUGCAUUCAAACCAGAUUACCUCCAGCAGUUACCACAGUCUACACAAAUCCCAGGAAUCACCGACUCUUCCGGUCUCCACCGCUACCGACAGCAGCUACUAUAACAAUAACCAGCAGGCCGGACAAUGCGCUGACUCUCCAUACGGCCAGAUCAGCUCUUACCAGUACCAGAACAACAGCAUGAACAGCGUCCAGUACAACACCAAACCAUGUGAGCUGGGCUUCGGCAACGCGUUUGGCCCCUACGGCACGUUCGGCCCCAGCUCCUCACCAACUCCUGCGGAUGCUGAAAAAGAGGAAAGUGAACCUGCAAUUCGAAUGGUUAAUGGAAAGCCAAAGAAAGUCAGAAAACCUCGAACUAUUUACUCGAGUUUCCAGAUGGCGGCCCUGCUGAGGAGGUUUCAGAAGACUCAGUAUCUGGCCUUGCCGGAGAGAGCUGAGCUAGCCGCUUCUCUGGGCCUCACGCAAACACAGAUAAAAAUCUGGUUUCAGAAUCGUCGUUCCAAGUUCAAGAAGUUGUGGAAAAGUGGGGAAAUCCCGCCCGAGCUGCAUGUGGCCUCCAGCGAGUCUCCACCUCUCCAUUCGCCGCCUCUCAGCGCGGUCUGGGACUUCGCGCACAGCCAGAGAAUGAGCACUGUGAACACGGGGUUGUCCCAGAGCAGCAGCCCGCCGAACACGACUACCCCUUCAUUUCUGACAAACUACACCUGGUACUCAUCCACGAACUCUGCGAGCCAUCUACAGCCGCCACAUCACCACAACACGACCGUCAGCGCCGGGACCAUAUUUUGACUCGACAGACUCAGAACAAAAAACGGGGAAUUCAUUAUGUGAACUUGCAUCAAAUGACUUUUAGGCCUGUUUUCCUGUAUGAUUGGUGAGACCUCUUCACCUUUGCCACGUUGAUCAUUGCCAGCGCGUUUUGGGCGCAACACUGUUUCUUUUCAUGCAAUGUCGUCAACAAGCAGACACUAAAGAAUCAAACAUAUAGGCUAUAAUUAUUUUAGUAUUUAUUUAUUUUGUUCUAUGGGUGAACUCAUAGAGAACUCAUGUGGACAUUAAUGGAGUGAAUAUUGCAGCAGGGUGUAUAAGAGCACAUGUAGCACAACCUGAAGCUGUUCGGUGCCUUUUGAAAAUAACUUAACUGUCCUUUUCCACCGUAAAUGUGUUUCAUGCGCCUUCAUGCGCCUGUCUUUGAUUUUUUUUUUUUUUUAGACUUUUUGUUCGUUUUAUAUUUAGUGCGUAGGGUAAGUUGUAAAUAUGGUGUCUGUCUCUGUACGUGUGUUCCACCGCGUCUAUUUAAUAAUGUUGUCAUUCGUAUAGGAUAUCACAUAGGGUUCUCACUGUUUUAAAUAAUAUGGACAAAACACUAAUGAAAAACACUCGCAAGCUACUGAUUGUCCUAAAGUCAU